UCUUAAACACCAAAGCAUUAAACUGUUUAGCUUCUUCUGCUAAGGUGUACGUUAAACACAUACCCAUUAGUUUAUUUCUUAUGUUUGCCAUAGCUACUCGUACCAAAUCUCCCAUGGCUGCCGCCACAUUACUGUUCGUCGUAGCAUUCUUAUGUCUUAGCUUACAUCAUGCAGAGGGACAAAUUGGAGUAUGUUAUGGAAACAAUGGAAAUGGGUUACCAUCCCAGCAAGAAGUGGUUAACCUUUACAAAACAAACAGCAUAGGAGCCAUGAGGAUAUAUUCUCCAGAUGUAGCAACUCUCCAAGCUCUACAAGGAUCAGGCAUCAAAACCAUCAUCGAUGUCCCAAGAGAUAACCUUCAAUCUCUAGCAUCCGACCAAGGAGCUGCUAACCAGUGGGUUCAGUCCAACGUCGUCCCAUUUGCAUCUGCUAUCAAAUACAUCGCGGUUGGGAAUGAAAUCCAUCCGUCUGAUCAAGAAGCUUCAUCAGUCCAACCAGCAAUGCAAAAUGUUCUCAAUGCACUCAAUUCUAACAACUUAGGUGCCCAAAUUAAGGUUUCUACAGCCAUUGACACAACCUUAAUCACUAAUUCCUUCCCACCAUCCAACGGCCAAUUCAGUGACACGUCUUAUAUUACUCCAAUCAUCAACUUUCUAACAAGCAAUGGUUCACCCUUGUUGGUUAAUGUUUACCCUUACUUUGCUUACACAAAUAAUGAACAAGCUAUCAGUCUUGAAUAUGCAUUAUUCACUUCACCUGGUAAAGUGGUUACUGAUCCUAAUAAUGGAAAGGAUUAUCAAAACUUAUUCGAUGCACUUGUGGAUGCGGUGUAUGCUGCUUUAGCCAGGGCUGGUGCACCUAAUACACCAAUUGUUGUGUCUGAGAGUGGAUGGCCAUCAGAAGGUGGAGACGCUGCAACAUCCGACAAUGCAGGAACUUAUUAUAAGAAUUUGAUCAGUCAUGUGAAGCAGGGGACUCCUUUGAAAGGGCAGGGAAUUGAGACUUACUUGUUUGCUAUGUUUGAUGAGGAUAGGAAACAAGGAGCUGCCACUGAGCAGCAUUUUGGACUCUUUACUCCUGCUCAACAGCCUAAAUAUGGCCAACUCAAUUUCACUUAAUAUCUAUCUAUACCUCAGGAACACUUGUACUGUUAGUAAACAUUUUAUUUUAUUUUAUUUUAUUUUAUUUUCAUGUACUAUACUAAAUAAGAGGGACCUCCCUCUGUAACUUACAAAUACUAGAAUUAUAUACUUUGCUUGCUUCCAUCUUGA